UAGUAACGUCCUUAAACAACAGAAACCUUUUCCUGCCCACCUCUGUGUAGAGAAAAGGAGAGUGGAAGAGGGAGGGUGCAACUGGGGCAUUGAGAGUGCUCAACUCAACUCUAAAUCUAUUCAUCCACAUAUGAAAGGUGUUUUCAAGUUUGAUACUACCAUAAACUAUACUCUAAUGGAGUUCACUAACGGAAACAUCAGAACGCCUACCGUGUUUUGCAAUUGCAAGAUGCAGCAUUGUCUGAAAACGGAAUUGUCUAUGAUUGUAAGGAGCAUGGUUCUCAGGUGGCAGGGAAUGGCCAGUUAGCUGCUGACAGACACACUACACUGCUACCAAACUUCCCAGGCCAGAUCAACUGGUCGAACCUCUUCACUCUACUGUAGAUAAAGCAUGGCGCCAAGACGGAUUUCUUCAGCCUCCUGAGGUUGAAGAGGCGUUGUUGUGCCUUCUUCACCACACCGUCUGUGUGGGCGGACCAUUUCAGUCUGUCAGUGAUGUGUACGCAGAGGAAGGAACCUUUCCACCUUCUCCACUGCGGUCCCGUCGAUGUGGAUAGGGGGGUCACCAUGGCUAAAGGAGGGAAGAAAGGAGGAGGUGCUAAGGGGAAGAAGGUGACUCUGAAGAUGGCCAAGAACGCUGUGCGUGUGACCACUGAUGGCCACCGCAGACUGGACCUCAGUAAUAUGGGGAUCGCAACCUUCCCCAAGUGUCUCCUCAAACUACCAGACCUCAAUGAGCUGGACCUCAGCCGCAACCAACUCAAGAAGCUACCAGACUUCAUUGGUGACCUGGUCUCGCUCAGCUGGAUGGAUCUCCAUAGCAACCAGUUGGACGCCAUACCGGAGACAGUCAGCCAAUUGGUGGCGCUGUCACACCUCAACCUAUCCAACAAUCGCCUGACCUCUGCGGGUCUACCCCCUUCGCUAGGCAACCUAGCCCGCCUACGGAGCCUCAACCUGGGCAUGAACCGCCUGGACACCCUGCCUCCCACCAUGGUGGGGCUUUGUAGUCUCCAAGAGCUGGGCCUGUUUGAUAACCUGUUCCUCUCCCUGCCUGAGUUUAUCAAGGUGUUACCGAGCAUUAUCAGACUCAACACCAAGAGGAACCCUUUGUCCUACGCCCAGGGAGACUCGGGAGCGACGAGGGGUGAAGGGGGGCUGGAGGAGGGGGUGUACCUGGCUAAGGAGGGGAGUCUAUGUGGGUCCUGUUUGGAGAGUUGCAAGAAGGAGAGGAGCUGGAUGCUAGGAGGGAGGAGGGACAGAGAAGGUAAUGCGGAGAGCAGGGGUGUGCCGUACUCCGGGCUGGUUACACCAAACUCAGUGGCCCAAGCCAAUCAGGAACAGUGGAGGUGAGGAGUGACCAAUAAUGGUCCAGGGAGAGGUUUGAUACUCAAGGACAGCCAAUGGACAACGGGAUAUAGUUCUACAUAGCCAAUGAGCAAUUGAGAACAGUUCUAUGAUGUGAUGAUUGAUCCAAAUAGACAGUGCUCAAACCAACAAAAUGGACAACAAUGUUGCCAUUGUAAUUUUCUAAUGAAUAUACUUUUCUAUUGAAGUCAGGUCAUAUCAAUGUACGUCACCUGGCACUGUGUCACUGUUUGUUUAGGUCGACAAUGAACAUUAGCUGAAUUUACAGUAUUUCUUAUUUUACCUGUGAAACAAUGAUUCCACAGGCCAUUAAGAGAGGUUGCCUUCAGUCUUUAUGUUGUAAAUUGUUGAAAUAAAGA